AUGGGGAAAACAAAGAAUGCGAAUAGGCCCCUGACACAAGAAGAAAUAUGGGACGAUUCCGCCCUCGUUCAAAGCUGGGAUGAAGCAGUCGAAGAGUACAAAUUGUAUCACAGCAUACAUGCCAAAGGCGAGAACGUCGAAGAUGUUCUAAGAGAAGCAGAGGCUGCGGAGCGUGCCGGGUUGGAUCAGGACGGACAGCAGCCUGAUGAAGCUGUCGAUGCCAUGGAGGAUGAUGACGCAGCGGCGGCGACAGCAUCUGCUACAGCAGAACAAAGCUCAUCAAUGCAAGUACCAGAUGCUGUAGAGGAGCACGCGACAGCGACUGAUCAGCAGCCGUCCGGGAUGAAACAUCCAACUGAGCCUGCUCCUGCGGGAGCAGCUGCGAUGCCACAUGCUGCUUUAGCACAAGUUCAGGAUGAAGGGUUGAAGAAUCUGAUGAUGGCCUGGUAUUUCGCCGGUUACUACACCGGUCUAUAUGAAGGGCAACAACGAGCGAGCCAGAACAACAAUUCAUGA